UCGACGUCGACGAGGAAAUCGCACGUUCACGGCGCGGUCCGUUGGUCGAGGAACGCCUCCGCUUCGCGCGCGAGUCGUCGUCGAGCGGUUAGCCAACGGCUCGACAGACAGGGAGAGAUUAUUUCCCGGGCGCCGGCUCUCCGAGUCGCUGCGAAACGCGCGCGCGCGCGCGCGAGAUCCUUUCGCUCUGUUUUCAAGCCGCGUCUCAUCUGGUCCGCUCGUUUGUUCGUCGCUCAGCCGGUCGGGGGAUUCACCCAGCCGGAGGAUAUCGCGAGCCUCGAGACACGGUGAACGUGUCCGGAGAACGUGACGUCGCGUCGCCGUCGGCUACUGCAACGCGCGGGCGCGCAUGGUCGAAAUUUCGCGCGUCCGCAACAAUCGAAGUUCAAACGCGCGUUCGAUCGAGAGCGCACGCGCGCGCGUACGCUCGGUAGCUACUCGCGCAUGAACGGCGGCGAGCGCGCGAUUCUCACCGAGCGUAUCUUUUCGAGUGUCCGGAUAAGGAGCCCGGGCGAAAAAACGAACGGCGAACUUCCGUGGAAAUCGCACAUCGGAGCUGGCACUCGCGCGUCAUUGUCACCGCGAGGAGAGACGUCCUGCCGCGGCGAUAACGCGGCAGCGCGAUUCGUCCGAGCGAUUCCGCGGCCGACCCGCGCACUCGCCCGAACGCGGAGCGGCUGUUCACAGGACGGAGAAGAGGAAGGAGACGCUGCGGAGUCGAGAAGACGUCGUCGUCGAGAAGAGCCACGCGUCGUGUCCGGGCUGUCGGCCGAGCUGUUGUAGCUGCGGCGAGCUGCGCGAAGUCGUCUGACGGAACGAGCGACAUUCGACCAGGACGAUGUCGACGACGCAGAGCAAAGUGGAUGAGCAGGUUUCUGCGGGCAAGCCGCAGCAAAACGGCCGCGGCUGCACCAAGAACGAGGAGCUGCAGCUCGAGGACGUCAACGACAACAACAAUGACGAGGCCAUCGAGGUGGAAAUGGUGGUGCCACCCGACGGGGGAUGGGGCUGGGUGAUCGUCGCGGCCUCCUUCAUGUGCAACCUCUUCGUCGACGGCAUCAUCUUCAGCUUCGGCGUGUUCCUCAACGACAUCGCGAACGCGUUCGCCGUGUCGAAAGCGAGAGUCGCUCUCGUCGGCUCGUUGCAAACUGGAUUUUACCUCAUGGCUGGUCCCUUCGUGUCCGCUCUCGCCAAUCGAUACGGUUUCAGGCUGGUCGCGAUAUUAGGAAGUAUCGUGAGCUGCAGCGCAUUCGUCCUCUCGUACUUCAGCACUUCCAUCGAGUUCCUCUACGUCUCUUACGGCUGCAUCGGCGGUAUUGGAGCGGGCCUGAUAUACGUGCCGGCCGUGAUUACGACCGGCUUUUACUUCGAAAGAUGGCGCGCCCUGGCUACCGGUAUCGCGGUGUGCGGAUCUGGCAUCGGCGCGUUCCUGCUCGCGCCGAUCUCCGAUCUGCUCGUGAAGAACUUCGGCUGGAGAGGCGCGCUGCUCUUCCAAGCGGGCAUGCUGCUGAAUUGUGCUAUAUUCGGCGCCAUGUUCCGACCCUUGAAGCCGACGAGGAUAAAAGUGAAGUCCACCCCGGAGAACGCCACGCUCGAGGUGAAAAGCACGCUGAUGGGGAAGGGCGUGUCGACGGCCUCGUUGCACUGCGUGCAACCGAACAGAAGCCGCUUCUUCGGCACGAACAAUAAUACGGAAUAUCCGACGGCGGCCGAGAUGCUCGGCAGCAGCCCAAAUAUAGUAAACGCGUCCAAGUCCCUGCACUCGCUGAAUAAGAUGCACGUGGAGGCUCAGGCCCUGGAGAAGAAGGUGAGCAGUUCAGAGAAACGGCUGUCUGUGCCGACCUAUCCCGACUUGGAUGUCAUAAAUAACGAAGAGAAGAUCGCCGAGGAGAACAAUUUGCUCAGCGGCGACUUGGAGCGGCUGAACGGCAAAGUACCGACGACCCGCCGGCACACCAUCAGUGGCAGACGCCUGCGAACGGAUUCGGAAUGCAGUCAGAAGUCUCUCAGAUCGGGCAAGCGAAAUCAAGCGAGUAAGGACCCGCAGAGACCGUUUUACAGAGACGACAUCUUUUACGGCGGCUCUUUAAAUAGAUUACCUCACUACAGAUCGCAGCAAUCGUCGGUCGGUUAUCACAUGUCAGUGACGCGGCUGCCAACGGCGACGGACGUCGCGGAGGAGGAAAGCGGAAGCUGCUACCUGUGUCCCGAAAGCGUGCGUCGUAUUCUGACCACGAUGCUCGACCUCAGCCUCCUCAAGAGUCCAUCCUUCCUGAUACUCGCUAUCUCCGGUGGGCUCACCAUGAUGGGCUUUUACACGCCUUUCAUGUAUGUGCCGGAUCGAGCCAUAAAGGCCAACAUCGAUGCCUCGACGGCGAUGUUCCUCGUUUCGGUAAUCGGCAUCGGCAAUACCAUCGGUCGUAUCGUUUGCGGCUUAGCGAGCAGCCUGCCCGGGGUUAACGCUCUGGUCGUGAACAACGUGUUUAUCAGCAUCGGCGGUUUGCUCACCAUAUUCUCCGGCUUCUCCCUGACGGAGGGAUAUCAAUUCUUCUAUGCGGCCGGCUUCGGCCUGAGUAUAUCCGUGUUCGCCUCUUUGAGAUCGAUCCUCGUGGUGGAUCUGUUGGGCUUGGAAAAGCUGACGAACGCUUUCGGACUGCUCCUUCUGUUUCAAGGCGUGGCGGCGGCUAUGGGCGCGCCUCUCGCAGGUGCGUUCAUGGAUGCGACCGGGAGCUACGACGCGUCGUUCUACCUGUCUGGCAGCCUGAUACUCGUGUCGGCGGUGAUUUGUUACCCGCUCAAGAGGAUCAACACGUGGGAGAGGCUCGGCGAGCAGAACCCGGCCGCCCGCGAUCCCUCCAAGUCCUGAUCGAAGGCGCAAAACGCCACACACCGUAGAGAUCAUACUCGGCAGACGUGAGCGCGCGCGUGAUCGGGCGCGCUGCGUAUGUUGUACAUAUUAAUGCAUAAUAAUUUAUAAGCGAGCGCUCUCGAGUCGACAACACAAUCGUCAUCGCACGCUCGCGAGGCGCGCCGCACGUCCAUGGGAAAACGAGCGAUCUCGCGUUCGCGCGCGAUCGGCAGGAACUCCGCUCGCGGCUCGGGCGAAAUGCAAAAUCAGCAGAUCGUGUACCUGGAGGAAGAAUAACGAUGAAAGAGCAGCGCCGAUUCUUCACGUGCCGAACACGUGCCUUCCAUCACCAAAAGUGACCUUCUGUCGACUGAACGAGAAGGGUCGAUCGCCUCGGCGGGACCUUUGUCGUCCCGCCUUGUCGCGCGAAUUCAAUUAUGCUAAUCUCCCUCCGUGUCUUCGCCGUCUCACCGCCGUCGGCGGGUGCGAGACGAAGCGCCCUGUGUGUUUCGUCGUUUCGCGUUUCGAGUGUUUCCGUGUGUUUCGAGUUUUCGCGUGACAAGUUGAAACUCAAUUCGCGGACUCGCGUCGCGGGUCGAGCGCGAGACAGCGGAGUCGUGUACAUAACGGAUGGAAGUCGUUUUACGAGCGAGCUACGGCUACCAAUUAGUUCGUACUUCAUAUAUUCCUCCCGAAAGAAGCCAAGAGCUUUUUGUUUUUCACAGAUAACAUCGAUCUAGCUUAACGUGCGCGCUGUUUGUUUGUCGCAUAAUGUUACGUGUGUACACGGGAAAAGUGUACUCGGAUCGUGUAACUGCUUUUCUGUUAUCUCCAGCGGCCAGACGAACACACACACACACACACACACACACACACACACGCACGCACGUGUACACACUCGAUUUCAAGAGCGGAAAGAUUUCCGCGGAAGGAGAUUCCCUCCGUGGAGUCUAUUGUUCCUCGGUUCCUUCCCGGCCGAGUCUGAAAGCAGCCGAAUGUUCAGGCGGAAGCUUUCCGCUCGCGAUAACGGAGAUAUCGCCCUCGAGUCUUUCGGUUUUGUCUGGUCUUUAUUCGAAUUAUGUACGCGCAUAAAAAUGAAAUUUUUUAUAUACAUGAAAGUGAAUUUGUAUCAUAUGUAUAAAAGCGAGAUCUUUUCUUCCGUGUACAUUCUACCGAAAUCAAACUGCCACACACGCGCAUUACAUAUAGCUUAGCCUUUUUAUAUGAGGAGAUUUUACGUAAGCAUUUGUAAGCAUUGUUAGCCACUCACACUCUUGUGUGUAAUUCCGCGAGAGAGUCGCAGAGAUGAAUUCGAAACCUAGCGACUCGCGCACUCGUGCUGUGCACGACAUCGUCGUCGCGUUAAGCGGUUAACCGCGCGCCGCCGGAAGGCAUUUGUACUUGCUGCGUGCGCGUCACACACGAGCGCGAAAAUAAUCUCAGCGGGAAGUGCGUAUCUUCCGAUAUAAUGUUAUUUAUAAGUGUGUCAUUCCAUCCACGCUUUCGAGAGCGGCGGAACACUUCGCUGCGGGACACGCGAGACAGAACGGAAGACCCGUCGAUCGCGAUCGAUCGACCGCUCGCUCUCGCGAGACUCGACGAUUUGUCUCGACGCGAGACGCGCACAAUGUUCGAUCUUCCCCCUUGGCCUGGCAACGACCAGCACGCGUCGAUCCUUAUGAGUAAUACACCUCGCGCGGGCGUUCCUCAACGCCGUGAAAAAUGUCUCGUACAUGAGCCUCGGAGAUGGCUCUCGACGUCGAGACGAGCCCCGUUCCGUUCGGUCGCCGCGACGGCGUCGCGCGAAAUCACGCGAAGGAUUCCGUCGAUUUCGAAAGCGGCCGACUCGAGUACCCAUUGUUCAUGAUCGUUGUGGCGUUUUAUCCGUUAGUUCUUUAAAAAAGAAGUUGCUCAAAA